AUGACUGGCCGUCAGAUGGAUCUCAAAAGGGAGGGACAAGCUUGCUUCAAGAGGAUGGUUGAAAUAAGAGAGGAGAUGCAAAUUUUAAGGCAGGAAUUCGCUGAGCUGGAGAAAGAGAUGAUUCAGAGGAGGGCCAUGGAGACUUCUCUAGUUGCGGAUUUAUCAAAACUCACUCGCACCGUUGAGUCUGAAAAGGUGGUGGUGGAGGAGUGGACUCAAUUGGUGGCCGAACUGAAGGAACUAUGGAAAGAGAGAAACAGGAGAACUUUUGAAGGUUUGGCUUUGCCUUUUGAAAAUGUUAUUCACCUAAUCAAAUUGUCUAUUUGGUCAAGUCUUUCAGUUACCAAGGAGGGUUGGGGGGUCUCAAAAGUUGAUGUGAUGGUCAAUCUUUCUAACUUAUUUUCUCUUGGUGUGAAGAAAUGUUGGCCUAAGGGUUUGCGGUUUGUUCCUCCAUUGGGUUGUCUUAAGAUCAACUUUGAUGGAAGCUCUAUGGGGAACCCGGGCCCAGCUGGCAUUGGGGGUGUUAUCCAUGAUUGUUAUGGGAAUAUUGUUUUAUCCUUUAUAGGUCCAAUUGGUUUAGCAACAUCGAACUUUACAGAAAUGAGUGCUCUACUUAGGGGUUUGAAAAUUUUCUUAAAAUGGAAUCUGGGUUCCACUUGCCUGAUUGAAGGAGAUUCUUUGAAUGUUAUUAGGUGGCAUAGAAAGGAGCAAAAGGUACCUUGGGAACUCCUGUCUUUGUGGUUACAGAUUAUGGAUGCUUCUGCAUCUUUAUCUGUUUCUUUCUCCCAUGUUUAUCACGAGGCAAAUUGUGUCACUGAUGCAUUGGCUAAGGGGGGUGUUGCUCUAGACUCCCUUUCUAUUUCAGAUGAUGUAAUCUCCUUUUAG